AUUUGAAAAUUUCAGUUUAGAGGGCAAAGAAAAGGGAAAAAUCCAUCCCAUAAUGGUAUGAAUAAAUAAGAAAAUUAAAGAGAAAUUAUAGCAACUUGUUGAAGCAGUUGAACUGCAAAUUCCCCAAACCCAAAAAACACACAAAUUCACCACCACCAAAUCCAAAUUUCCUCUCUCCUUCUCUCAAAUUAAUUUCAAUUUUCACAAUCAUAAUCUCAAAAUUCCAUGGCGGUUGAAGAUGAUUUCAGUUUCCCCACCGCCUUAGAGCCUUUAAGCCGCUGCGGCAUCGAUUCGCCGCCGCUAUGGCGUCUCUCUCCGGCCACAUCUCCGAUUUCCUACCGCCAACAAACAUCCUGCGAUUGGAAUUUCAGAGACACGGCGGCGGACGGUGGGAACAGCGAUCGGUUCCCGUCGGGGAGAUUUACGGCGUCGUUGCAGAGAAGGAGAUUUUCGAGCGAUGCAGAGGAGGAGGAGGAGACGGCAGCGGCAGCGGCGGAGAAGAUGGACGUGCUUUGGGAGAAUUUCAACGAGGAAUUGUCCAGGAGUCGGAGAUCCAGGUUGAUGAAAACGGCGGAAAUGGAGGAGAUUGAGAUUGUGAAGACGCGGCGUCGGAUGACGGAAUUAAACUUAUCGGAGACUUCCGGCACGGUGACGACGACGAGGAAAGCGACCGGGAAGACGGCGUUUGUUAAGGUUUUGAAGAAGCUUUUCUUGAUCCAUAACAAUUCCCGCCGGAAUCUGCAAACUCCAUCACGGUGAUAAAUAAAAUACGGAGGAUCUCGUUUUUGGGGGGCAAAGAAAAUGUAUAAAUUAAUAAGAAAUUACAAUUGAUUACAUGGUUUAUUUUUUUUCCCUUUUAACAUUGGAAAUAUUUCAAAAUUUUCAAUCCAAAUUAUUGUUCUUCAUUUCUUGUAAAAGGGGUAAAUGUUCAGAGAAAUGUUGACAUUUGUGAUCUUUUGUAUGAAUUUGGGCGGUUCUAGAAUUUAUGUUUUUGCUGGGGCUAGAUUUAGAAAAGGUAUAAUAAUUUCAUAGUUGUUAAAGUAACCUUUUGGUACUUUGGGUUUUGUUACAAAUAUACCAUAAUUUCUAAUGAUGUAAAAAGGAAUAAGUAAUU